CAUCUAGGCUCCUCCAAGUAUGCGCGCCCCGCCCUCCCUCCAUUUCUCAUCUCACCACAUCCCUCCCUCUCCCUCCCACACCCCUCCCUCCUCUCUUCCGCCGCCGCAUCAAAGGCCCUUUCCAAGCACCUAUCAAUGAGGCACAGCACAACAGCAGGAGACGAGGAGGAGGACAUGGAGGUGCUGCUGCUCCCCCUUUCACCCUCACCCCAUCCUGUCCUCCGUACUCUCUCGCCCCACCCGCACCUCCACAUUACACGUUCUGUCCGCCAGGCAUCUGGCCAUGCGGUUCCAUCCGACAGCAGGAGACGAGGGGAGGACAUGGAGGUGCUGCUGCUUCCCUUGUCACCUCAUUCCAUCCUCGCCCUCAUCCGCCCUCAACCCCUCCCUCAUGUGACUCGCCAGGCACCUGGCAAUGAGGCACCUGGCAAUGAGGUACAGCACGACAGCAGGGAUGAGGUGGAGGACAUGGAGGUGCUGCUGCCUCCCUUCCUCGUCGCACACCCCACACUCACCACGUUGCACCUGGCCAUGAGGUACAGCACGACAGCAGGGGAUGAGGUGGAGGACAUGGAGGUGCUGCUCCGGGUCGUCAAGAAACACCUCCCAGGCUGUGCGGAGGUGCACGCUUUUCUAGGCUGUGCGGAGGUGCACGCUUUUCUAGGCUGUGCUUUCUCCUCUAUCUGCAUCCCUUCCUUCCACACCCACAGCCGUGCAAGGCGUGUCAGUGGAGCGAUAGCAUCAGAUUAUCAAAGGGAGAGGGUGGAGCAUGUGUGCUCGAGACUGGCCCUCACCCCCCUCGCCUACCUGUGGCAGCGACCACAGAAGGCUCUUCUAGAUAAUAUGAUCGCAUCGGGCAUCCACGCUAUUCUCAUCAAGGUGGCGGCACUGGGCCUAAGACCGGAGAAGCAUCUGGGGAAGCGGUUGGAGGAGAUCCGAGGCACCAUGCAUGCGCUGGCAGGCAAGUUUGGAGUGAACGUGUGUGGGGAGGGUGGAGAGUACGAGACACUCACCCUCGACUGCCCUCUCUUUAAGUGCAGCAAAGCACUGCCUUCCUCUCCCGCUCUUCACGUCCCUGCCGCUCACUCCCUCCCUUCCCAUUUCCCACCAUGCAUACAGCAUGCGCGCAUAGUGGUGGACAGCUCUCACAUCAUCCUGCACUCGCCAGACCCCGUUGCGCCUGUGGGCGUGCUGCGAAUCACAGCCUUCCACGUGGCACGCAAGACCCAGGACGGGGCUGCUGCUGCUCCUGCUGAUGCUGCUGCUGUUCCUGCUGAUGCUGCUGCUGCUGACGUGGCGCUCCCUCCUCCGGUGAUCAUUGAUGCCAAUGACGAGGAUGCUCUUAACGAGGAUGACAAUGGCACUGCAGUGGUGCCAGCAAGGGGAGCAGCAGGCAGGGAUUCAGCAGAGGGAGGAGAGGGAGGCAAAGGAGAUGGAGUGCGGGUGGCAGUGACGACCUGGCCUCGCAUCUCUCCAUCGCCCUCUCCUCCAUCUCCCACACCCUCCGCUCGCUCUCCCUCUCCCUCUCCUGGGCCCACGCCUUCUCUACGUGCACCUCUACCGCGCUCACACGGCGCACCUUUCCCUUCAUCAGACUCUAAAACCGUCUACCCGAUUCUUAUCCUCUGUCCCGUCUGCCCUCUCCCCCAUCUCCCCCAUCUCCCCCUUUUCCCCCACCUUCCCUAUCUCCUCCAUUCCCCUCCUCUCCCCCACCCAGAUCUGGCCUCCCAUGUCUCCAUCGCCCUCUCCUCCGUCUCCCACACCCUCCGCUCCCUCUCUCUCUCCUGGGCCCACGCCCUCUACGUGCACCUGUACCUCGCUGACAUGGCGCAGUUCGGCGCCGCCAACUCAGCGUACGUGCGCCACAUCACCGAGGCCGAGUGUGUGGACGGCGUGCCGUCGCGGUCCACUGUGGAGCUGCCACUUGGCGCGUCGUCAUUGGGCGGCAGCGGGGGAAGCAGCACGGAAGGUUCUCGGAAGGGAUGCAGUGUUGCAGUUGACGUGUGGCAUGGGGCAGGGGGGCAAGCAGUGUGGGACGAGGAGAAGGAGAAGACGGGGGAGGGAGUGGGCGUGUCCUGCUGGGCGCCCUCCUGCAUCGGCCCCUACAGCCAGUGCACGAGCCACAAGGGAGUGCUGUGGAUGGCGGGUCAGCUGGGUCUUUUGAGUCGACUCAAGGGUCAGCUGGGUCUUUUGAGUCGACUCAAGGGUCAGCUGGGUCUUUUGAGUCGACUCAAGGGUCAGCUGGGUCUUUUGAGUCGACUCAAGGGUCAGCUGGGUCUUUUGAGUCGACUCAAGGGUCAGCUGGGUCUUUUGAGUCGACUCAAGGGUCAGCUGGGUCUUUUGAGUCGACUCAAGGGUCAGCUGGGUCUUUUGAGUCGACUCAAGGGUCAGCUGGGUCUUUUGAGUCGACUCAAGGGUCAGCUGGGUCUAGACCCGCCCGUUAUGGAGCUGGUGGUGGCAGGGGGGGCGAGGAGACAGGCAGAGGAGACAGGCAGAGGAGAGAGGCAGAGGAGAGAGGCAGAGGAGAGAGGCAGAGGAGAGAGGCAGAGGAGAGAGGCAGAGAGAGCGGUGAGAAGCAGCAGCCAUGUAGAGGAGACAGGCAGACAUCUGGGUCUAGACCCGCCCGUUAUGGAGCUAGUGGGGGGGGGGGGGGAAGGGAUUUUGGCGAGGAGACAAGCAGGCAGACAGGGCGCUGAGGAGCUGCGAGCUCAUAGAAUUUCUGCUCACCCUUCCCCAUCUCCCCUCCUCCCCCCCGUCCCCCAGAGCACGAGUUUCAAUGGGGUACUGUGGAUGGCUGAGCAAUUGGGUCUGGACCCGCCAGUCAUGGAGUUGGUGGAGGGAGGGGCGAGGAGACAGGCAUACAGGGCGCUGAGAAGCUUGCACGAGCCACAAGGGAGUGCUGUGGAUGGCGGGGCAGCUGGGUCUACACCCGGCCGUUAUGGAGCUGGUCGGGGGGGGGCGAGGCAGCAGGCAGAGAGGGCGCUGAGAAGCUGCGAGGCUGUUGCUGCUGUGGUGAAGGGGAGAGGGGGGGCUGUUGGGUGGGGGAAGGGCGGGGGCGAGAGUGAGGAGGAGGGGAGUUGGGGGGAAGGGAGUGGAGGGGGAGCGAGUGGCAGGAGAGGAAGUGGGGGAGAGGGGUGGAGGAAAUGGGUUCGGAAGGGGUGUUUGAGUGUUGGGAGGGACUGUAUCGCGAUGACAGUGUAUUUGGCACGGGAUGUGGGUGUUGGGGAGAGAGAGGAGGUGGCACGGGCAGUUGAGGAGGUUUUUGCAGCUGCCCGGAGGAAGAGGAGGGAGAUUUGGGCAGCAGUAGGAAGUGGGACGGGGACAAGUGGGGAGGGGGGCGGAGAAGAGGGAAACGGGGAGAAUGGAGGUGGAGGAGGGAAAGGGGGUUGUGAAGGAAGAGAAGAGGGUAAAGGUGAGGGGGUGUGGGGUGUGGGGCGAUGGUGGGUGGUGGGGCAUGGAGGGAAAGAGGGCAGGGAGGAGAAGGGUGGGGAAGGAGAGGGGAGAGAGGAGGAGGAGGAGGAGGAGGAGGAGCGUGGGGGAGAGGAGGAGGAGAUGGAGGGGGAGGAGAGCGAAGAAGAGCAGGAGUCAGAGGGGGUGAUCGCAGCAGAUCCAUUGCAGGAGCAGGAGGAGUCAGAGGGAGUGAUAGCAGCCGAUCCGCUGCUGGUGGUACCGGGACUGCCUAAAGGCGCUGCUAUCGAGAUUGCUCCUCUCCUUGCCACCCCGUCUCUCUCCUCCUCCUCUGCCACCUCCUCUGCCACCUCCUCUGCCACCUCAGCUGCCCCGUGGCCGAGUUCCCUAACCCCCCUGCACCUCCUGUCCACGUCAGCAUCUUGCCACCUGUCAAACACAGCCGGCCACACGUCAGCUCCAAGGAAUCAGCUGGCAGGGAUGAGCUUGGGCGAAGCAAAGGAAGGGCUCGAGUCAGCAGAGGAAGACAAAAAGACAGGGGCAAAUGAGGUUGACAGAGCUGUGGGUGAUGCGGCAGACGCAGACAGGCAGAGAGGGGCAGAGGUCACAGAGAGUGUGGCAGAGGUCACAGAGAGUGUGGCAGAGGAGGCAGCCGGGAGGAGAGAGGGAGACGAGGGGGCGAUGCAGAGGAGAGUGGCAGAGGGGGGAGUGGCAGUGGGGGAAGGGGCGGAGGGGGUGAGCAUUGCCGGGCGGGGCAUGGCAGCAGCAGGGGCGUUCUGUCGCGUGCACCUGUGGGUGGAACAGGCUAGGGGGGCGCAGAGGGGAGGGUGUGAUACCAACCUCUCUGUUGCUCCCUGUGCGGGGGGGACAGGGCGCCCUGGUGACAGAGCAGGGAGUGAAGCUGGAGGGGAAGGGGAGGGCAUGGAGUCAUGUGCUGAUGGCAGCUUAGUGGAUGGGGUUGCUGGUGAAUGUGUCCGAGUGCUAUCAGAUGCCCUCCACGUGGCACGACUUGAUUGGCCCGAUGUUGCGGACCCAGAUCUCCAGUCUCCUCUCCAACAAGUGACUGCCCUUGCCCUCAUGCGUUUGAUCAACUCCCCGCUCUUUUCCCGGAGGCCAAUCCCCAUUCCUGCCCUGUCACUCGCCCUCAAGACUCAUCUUUCCAAGUCCUUGCACAACCGAGCGCAGUCCCUACCCUCCCAUGAAUCACCUGCUUCAAGCCACCAGCAUGGCCCUUCUGCUACUGCUACUGCUGCUGCUGCUGUGCCUUGCCCAAUAGUGGUGCCAGUGGCAGCAGUGGGGCCCACAGCUGCUGCUGAUGCUCUCCUGGCAGUGGAAAUGACAGCUUUUGGGGCAUGA